ACUCGAACGCGCGGCGGCGGCGGCGGCGGGAAGAUGGCGGAGUCCGGCGGCGGCGGCGGCGCUGGUGGCGGCGGCUUCGGCGCGGGCCCAGGCCCCGAGCGCCCGAGCAGAACACCAGCGUGGCCCAGACCCACCCCUCUCAGCCUCCCAGGACAGCCCGCCACCCUUGGAUGGCCAAGGAGGAAAUUUGCCUGGCCGACAAGAACGGAGCCCUCAAGUGCACCUUCUCGGCCCCCAGCCACAGCACCAGCCUCCUGCAGGGCCUGGCCGCUCUCCGCGCCCAGGGCCAGCUCCUGGACGUUGUGCUCACCAUAAACAGAGAGACCUUCCCCGCACACAAGGUUGUCCUGGCCGCCUGCAGCGACUACUUCAGGGCCAUGUUCACGGGUGGUAUGAGGGAAGCGAGCCAGGACAUCAUCGAGCUGAAGGGUGUGUCAGCCCGUGGCCUGCGGCACAUCAUUGACUUCGCCUACAGCGCCGAGGUGACUCUGGACCUGGACUGUGUGCAGGACGUGCUGGGCGCCGCGGUGUUCCUGCAGAUGCUGCCCGUGGUGGAGCUGUGUGAGGAGUUCCUCAAGGCUGCCAUGAGCGUGGAGACCUGCCUCAACAUCGGCCACAUGGCCACCACCUUUAGCCUGGCCUCACUCAAGGAGUCGGUGGACGCCUUCACUUUCCGGCACUUUCUACAGAUCGCCGAGGAGGAGGACUUCCUGCACCUGCCGCUGGAGCGCCUCGUCUUCUUCCUGCAGAGCAACCGGCUGCAGAGCUGCGCCGAGAUCGACCUGUUCCGUGCUGCCGUCCGCUGGCUGCAGCAUGACCCGGCCCGGCGGCCGCGCGCCAGCCACGUGCUCUGCCACAUCCGCUUCCCACUCAUGCGGUCGUCGGACCUGGUGGAUAGUGUGCAGACGCUGGACAUCAUGGUGGAGGACGUGCUCUGUCGCCAGUAUCUGCUGGAGGCCUUCAACUACCAGGUGCUACCCUUCCGGCAGCAUGAAAUGCAGUCUCCGCGCACGGUUGUGCGCUCGGAUGUGCCCUCGCUGGUUGCCUUUGGCGGCACGCCCUACACUGACAGCGACCGCUCUGUCAGCAGCAAGGUGUACCAGCUGCCUGAGCCAGGUGCUCGCCACUUCCGCGAGCUCACGGAGAUGGAGGUGGGCUGCAGCCACACAUGUGUGGCCGUGCUGGACAACUUCGUAUAUGUGGCUGGGGGCCAACACCUGCAGUAUCGCAGCGGCGAGGGCGCAGUGGACGCCUGCUACCGUUACGACCCCCACCUGAACCGCUGGCUGCGCCUGCAGGCCAUGCAGGAAAGCCGCAUCCAGUUCCAGCUGAAUGUGCUGUGUGGCAUGGUCUAUGCCACGGGCGGGCGCAACCGAGCUGGCAGCCUGGCCUCGGUCGAGAGGUACUGUCCACGGCGCAACGAGUGGGGCUAUGCCUGCUCACUGAAGCGCCGCACCUGGGGCCACGCGGGCGCCGCUGCCGGGGGCCGCCUCUACAUCUCAGGUGGCUAUGGCAUCUCGGUGGAGGAUAAGAAGGCCCUGCACUGCUACGACCCGGUGGCCGACCAGUGGGAGUUCAAGGCGCCCAUGAGCGAGCCCCGUGUGCUCCAUGCCAUGGUGGGCGCCGCUGGCCGCAUCUAUGCCCUUGGGGGUCGCAUGGACCACGUUGACCGCUGCUUCGAUGUGCUGGCCGUGGAGUACUACAUGCCUGAGACGGACCAGUGGACCAGUGUGAGCCCCAUGCGGGCCGGCCAGUCAGAGGCUGGCUGCUGCCUGCUGGACAGGAAGAUCUACAUCGUUGGGGGCUACAACUGGCGCCUCAACAACGUGACAGGCAUUGUGCAGGUCUACAACACUGAGACAGAUGAGUGGGAGCGCGACCUGCACUUCCCGGAGUCCUUUGCAGGCAUCGCCUGUGCCCCCGUCCUGCUGCCUCGGGCGGGGACCAGGAGGUAGCUCCCGGGGCCCCUGGCAUGGCCUCUGCCGUCUCUGCCUCUGCGAGAGGCUUAAUGAGCACAUGUCCGGGCGAGAACCAUGGAUGUCUUCUCCCCCGGGUUGGCCUCGUGGGGCCUGCCUGUUGAUAAGGUCCCUCUUUCCUUCCUGAAGCAGAUCUUGGCUCAGUGCCUGCUGAGGCUGUCUGCCAGCAAUGAGGCCAGUGUGUUGUGGCAGCAAAUUCGCACCCGAGGCGGUUUCCUGGCUGUGCGUUGUCCUUGCUCCUGGGGAAAUUGGGGCUCCUUAGGGUGGUGUUAUGUGGCUUUGCCCCGCUUCUCUCCCCUCCCACAGCCUGGCUGUCUUAGACAUUCGGAUGUGAGCUCAUUAACACGACCUCAAAUCCGUGGUAUGCAACUUGCCCCACUCCAGGUUUAUGCGCCUGUAUUUUUUAAAAUAAACGCACCCCAAAUCUCUGUAACAUAUGGACCUCUGGGAGUGGAGAGGGGGCUCAGAAGCUCCCACGUGCUCCAUAUGCCUGAGCUGCUGGGGUGAGAGGGACCCCAGAAGAGGGUCCGCACGCUUCUCCAUUUCUAUCCUUGGUCCUCACACCUUCAGGAUGUUCCCUUGUCUACUUUCAGGAGCAAAAACACAGCCAGCUCUCAGCUGACAGGCCCCGGGCCUUCCAUUUGGCACUGGGCGUCUCAUGGGCCCUUCAUGAAGACUGGGCCAAUGCCCCUGUCCCUGUCCCUGUGCCACAGUUGAAGGGGAUGCCAGCUUCAGAAUCUCGCAGUGCAUCUGCAUUCCACAGGUCUGUCCAGUGACUUUUAUUUCUUGCCAUCUUUGCAGCCCUCUGUUCCCCCAUCACCCUGUGUUCAGGUUGACGAGCCACUGGGCCUGUGCCCACCCGGCGUGGGAAGUCAGGCGGGCCGUGAGGCCUCUCACUUCAAGGGCUUCAAGGCAUUUCCAGCUCCAUUUGUUUUGGUUCUGUUUUGCUUUUUUUUAAGAGGCCAGCACCACUAUCUUAUAGAUGGGAUUUGUACCCUUGGGACAACUUAAAGUGUCUCUUCUGCUGCUAAUGGACGAUUGAUGUCGUGUCUCUGUGACCCACUUGCCGUGUAAAGAAUUAACCUCGUACCUUAGCAGACGUCGUCUCCUAAUAUUUUCUUUUUAUUUAAUAAAAAUAUUAUGGUGAAAAGAUGAAGCGGGCCCAGUGCUGAGCUUGUGGGGCCUGAUGGGUCACAGAUUCCUCCUGUCCUCCACAUGUUUGGGGCCGCUCUUCCCACCUCGCCCUUUUCCAGCCUUGCUGAGGAGCUGGAUUGGGGGCCCACCUUUGGCUCAGGGGUGUGGGGGCAGCAGGAAAUGUGACCAGGACUUCCUCCAGAC